AUGCAGAUCCCUGUUUUUCUCUGCGUGAUGGCGGCCGUGGGGCUCCUGCUGGGGGCCGGCGGCGGCCUGGCGGCGCCCAUGGAGUGCCACUUCGACUCCAGAGCUCAGUGUGAGUUCGGGGGCCGGCGCUACUCUCUGGGCGACUCCUGGAUGGACGAGGCCUGCAUGCAGUGCACCUGCCUGCACCCCGUCGGGGUCGGCUGCUGCCAGACGGUGCACCACCCGGUGGACUUCCCCGCCUGGUGCGAGGUUCGCGUGGAGCCGGUCACCUGCCGGGCGUCCCUGGUCCAGUCCACUGACCCGCGGAGGCCCUGUGAGCCAGGCCACGCCCACCUGGACCCGGGCCACGCCCACCUGGACCCGGGCCACGCCCACCAGGACUCAGGCCACGCCCACCAGGACCAGCUGGAGAGCUGAACCUCUGCUCCUACACACUUUGGGCUUUUCCAAAUCAUCUUUAUCGAGCCCUCGUCCCACUUCUAACUCAGUACCAGCAGCUUUACACGCCCCCAAUAAGACAUCUGUACGGCUAAAUGCUUUUUUGCUAACUUCUGCCACUAAACAAAGAGCCUGUUAACCACCAACCAUUAACCACUUCCUGUAAAUACCAGCCAACGUGUAGACGACACCCUAAUAUAUAUUUCUGUUGAUUUUGACUCGCGAUGCAUCUCAUUUAAGAAAA